GAAGCAGGCACCGGAGGAGGCUCUCUCUGGCUCAGCAGCCCCGUCCAGAGUGCGCAUCCCCCGAAUAACAGCGCUGGCGUCCGGGCUGGAUCCCCACUCCAGGGAGAGAGCAGCCGAGCACCAGGGACCUUCAUUCUGCAGCCAUGUCUGAAUCUAUACUAGCCUUUCUCAGCAUUUCGGGAUUAUUUCUAAUCGCUAAGGUGCUGACAACAGUUGGAGCAGAGCAAGGACCGCUCGUGUGCCACGCAGGGGAUUUCCUGUGCCAUGACCAGCUCGCCUGUGUGUCUGAGGGCUGGCUCUGUGACGGAGAGCCCGACUGUCCGGAUGGUUCCGACGAAACUCUGGACAGAUGCACGCAGGAGGUGUCCGUGAAGUGUGCGCUCAAUCACAUGCAGUGCCUCGGUACAAACACGUGCAUUCAUUUCAACAAGCUCUGCGACGGGGCCAAGGACUGCGAAGACGGCUUCGACGAGGGCGUCCACUGCAGAGAGCUGUUGCCAAGCUGCCACGAGCUGCGCUGUCGCUACGGCUGCGUCAUGGCCAGGAACGGAACCUUCUGCUUCUGUGGAGACGGCUUCCAGGUGGAGGCCGACGGCCGCAGCUGUAAAGAUUAUGAUGAAUGUAGCGUGUACGGCAUGUGCAGUCAGACCUGCAUGAACACGUAUGGAUCAUACCGAUGUAGCUGCACGGAAGGUUACAUCCUGCAGGCGGACAGGAGCUCCUGCAAAGCCAAAAGCGAGCCUGGAGACCGACCUCCCGUGCUGCUCAUUGGAAGCACCCGGCACAUUGCCGUCACCUACCUUAAUGGAUCCUCGGUACCCAGCCUGAAGUCGCUGAGCACUAAUGGCACGCACGCCAUGGACAUUGACUACAACCAGGAAUCGGUUUGCUGGGUCACGUCGACUGAGCCUGGCAGACAGUUACGGUGCAGCAGGAUGCGGAAGCUGAAGAGCUUCUCCGAGGAGCGGACAGUGCGAUUUGGCCAGAAUCUGCAGAAUGUGGAGCAAAUGGCCAUUGACUGGCUUACUGGGAACCUGUACUUCCUGGACCGGGUCAGUGACAGGAUAUUCGUGUGCGAUCAAGGCCAAGAUACCUGUGUGACCAUCAUCGAUCUCGACCUUCAGAACCCAAAGGGAAUCGCACUGGAUCCACUGAUGGGAAAGCUCUUCUUCACUGACUACGGCUCUCAGGGCAAAGUGGAGCGCAGCAACAUGGACGGCACUAAUAGGACCCGGAUUGUGGAGCAAAAAGUAGAGCUACCCAGCGCCGUGGCCCUAGAUCUGGUGAAAAAGCUGGUGUACUGGGCAGACGCCUACCUGGAUUACAUCGAAGUGGUGGACUACUAUGGCAGGAACCGGCAGAGCGUCAUACGGGGCAGCUCGGUGUCAUACGUGCAUGGAUUAACGGUUUUCGAAGAUUAUCUGUUCGCCACAAGCUCUGACCCGGGCGAGGGAGACAAAGUAGACAUCCUCCAGAUUAAUCGGUUUAACGGGUCAGACAAGAGGAUAUUAACUAGCAUGGAGAAUUCAAGAUGGAUACGAGUUUACCACAAACUGGCCCAGCCGACAGUGUUGAACCAUGCCUGUGAGGCCGACGCCCACGGGAGGGCGGGGGGCUGCGGCCACAUCUGCCUGCUUGGCAGCAGCUACAAAUUGAGGUCCUGUCGGUGCCGGGCCGGCUUCGUCCUGGCGAGCGACGGAGCGUCCUGCAGCCGACCGAAGAACGAGCUGUUUCUGUUCUACGGGAAAGGCCGGCCAGGAAUUAUCCGCGGCCUGGACAUCAGUGCCGGCGAGUCCGGUGGCGAGCGCAUGGUGCCCAUCGAGGAUCUCGUCAGCCCCAGGGCCCUGGACUUCCACGCCGAGACGAGCUACAUUUAUUUCGCUGACACAACUAGCUUUUUAAUCGGCCGACAGAAAAUCGAUGGGACCGGGCGGGAGAGCAUCCUCAAAGACGACCUGGAUAACGUCGAAGGGAUCUCCGUGGAUUGGAUAGCAAACAACUUAUACUGGACAAAUGAUGGAUAUAGAAAAACUAUCUGCGUUGCCAGAUUGGAGAAUGCUUCUGAGACCAGGAAAACCCUUCUGUCUGGAGAUAUGUCCCAUCCCCGAGCCAUUGUAGUGGACCCCCUCAACGGCUGGAUGUACUGGACAGACUGGGAGGAGGAUGAGGUGAAUGACAGUAUCGGCAGGAUCGAGCGGGCCUGGAUGGACGGGUCGUCCCGGCAGGUCUUUGUCGCAUCCAACAUGCUGUGGCCCAACGGCCUCUCCCUGGACCAUGGAACUGCCACCAUGUACUGGUGCGACGCCUACUUUGACCACAUCGAGAGGAUCUUUCUCAACGGGACGGGUCGAAAGGUUGUGUACAGCGGAAAAGAAUUAAAGCACCCAUUUGGGAUUUCCCAUUACCGGACACACGUCUUCUGGACCGAUUACAUGAACGGCUCCAUUUUCCGGCUGGAUCUUUCAUCGGGGAACAUUACACUGCUGAGGAGCGAGAGGCCCCCACUCUUCGCACUCCGGGUUUAUGACGCUCAGAGUCAGCAAGGGGCCGACAGCGAGUGUCGGAUAAACUACGGGGGUUGCAGCACCCUGUGUCUGCCUAUUCCAGGGGGGCGCGUCUGUGCAUGUGCCGACAACCAGCAUCUGGCGAAGAACAACUUCACCUGUUCAAGUGUGACGGGGGAGCCGGAGCGCUGCGGCAAUGGCGAGUUCCAGUGCCGCAACCACCGCUGCAUUCAGGCAUCAUGGAAAUGUGACGGGGACGAUGACUGCUUGGACGGCAGUGAUGAGGACGCCCAUGUGUGCUAUAACCGCAGUUGCCCCCCUGACCAGUUUAGGUGCUUCAACAACCGCUGCAUCCCCAAGAGGUGGCUGUGCGAUGGGACCAACGAUUGUGGGGGUGGAGAGGACGAGUCCAACUCCACAUGUGCCGCUCAGACAUGCCAAGCGGAUCAGUUCUCCUGUCACAAUGGCCGCUGUAUCCCGGAGUCCUGGCGCUGCGAUCGGGAUGACGAUUGCGGGGACCGCUCCGACGAGACGUCCUCAUGCACCUUCCCCACCUGCGAGCCCCUCGUCCAGUUUGCCUGCGCCAAUGGGAGGUGUGUCAGUGCCAAGUGGCAUUGUGAUUCGGAUGAUGACUGCGGUGAUGGCAGCGACGAGUUGGGCUGCUUGCACUCCUGCUCCAAUGCACAGUUCCAGUGCGCCAGUGGACGCUGCAUCCCGGACCACUGGGCCUGUGAUGGCGACAACGACUGCGGAGACUUCAGCGACGAGAAUUCCACCUGCGGGGGUGCUGCCCCACCUCCUCGCAGCGACUGCGGUGUAGAGGAGUUCCAGUGCGGUAGCGACUACACCUGCAUCCCUGAGCGCUGGCGUUGUGAUGGCGACAAGGACUGCGAGGACGGAAGCGAUGAGUUUGCCUGUGAGGACGUCAAGAAGGUGUGCGACCCCAAGGCCAAGUUCACCUGCAAAGCGUCAGGCAAAUGCAUCAGUAAGAACUGGGUAUGUGAUGGCGACCAGGACUGUGAGGAUCGAUCGGACGAGAAGGAUUGCGGGGUGUCCGUCUGCAAGCCCCCCAAGUACCCCUGUGUCAACGACACCAGCAUCUGUCUUCCACCGGAGCGUGUCUGCGAUGGGAGGAGCGACUGUGCAGACCAAUCAGACGAGGGGCCUUCCUGCGACGAGUGCGCCCUCACUAAUGGCGGCUGCAGCCACCUGUGCGUUGUGGUCCCUGGGAAGGGUCUGGCCUGCUCCUGUCCACUGGGCCUCCGCCUGGGCCCGGACAACCGCACCUGCGAGCUGGUGGAUUACUGUGGCCGGCACCUGCGCUGCAGCCAGGUGUGCGAGCAGUACAAGACCACCGUCAAGUGCUCCUGCUACCCAGGCUGGCGCCUGGGGCCCGACGGCGAGGACUGCCACAGCACAGAUCCCUUUGAGGCUUUCAUCAUCUUCUCCAUCCGUCACGAGAUCAGACGGAUAGACCUCCGCAAGCGAGAUUACAGCCUCCUCGUUCCUGGUUUAAGAAAUACCAUUGCCCUGGACUUCCACUUCAAUCAGAGUUUGCUCUACUGGACUGAUGUUGUGGAGGAUAAAAUUUACAGAGGAAAGCUUUCAGAGAACGGAGGCGUGACUGGCAUUGAAGUGGUGGUGCAGCACGGCCUGGCCACACCGGAAGGACUGGCCGUCGACUGGAUCGCUGGGAAUCUCUACUGGAUCGACAGCAACUUGGACCAGAUCGAGGUGGCCAAGCUGGAUGGGACCAUGCGGGCCACGCUGAUCGCUGGCGGCAUGGAGCACCCACGUGCUGUUGCCCUGGACCCUGCACACGGCAUCCUGUUCUGGACAGACUGGGAUUCCUCUUUCCCUCGCAUCGAAGCGGCCUCGAUGAGCGGGGAAGGACGCCAUGUUGUCUUCAGAGACAUGGAGAUAGGUGCGUGGCCUAAUGGACUGACACUGGAUCAUCUAGAGAAGAGAAUCGUGUGGACAGAUGCACGGUCUGAUGCCAUAUACUCCGCCCUCUACGAUGGCAGCGGAGUCAUUGAGAUCCUGAGGGGCCACGAGUACCUGUCACAUCCCUUCGCCGUCUCCUUGUUUGGGGGCAACGUGUAUUGGACUGAUUGGAGGACCAACACACUGGCUAAGGCCAACAAGUGGACAGGCAGCAACGUGACGGUGAUCCAGAAGACCAGCGCUCAGCCCUUCGACCUGCAGAUCUACCACCCGAGCCGUCAGCCGCGAGUGUCAAACCCAUGCAAGGCCAACGACGGGCGGGGCCCCUGCUCCCACAUAUGCCUCAUUAGCUACGACCGCACGGUGGCCUGUGCCUGCCCCCACCUCAUGAAGCUCUCUUCCAACAACCGCUCGUGCUUUGCCCUGAAGAAAUUCCUCUUGUAUGCCAGAAGGUCAGAAAUCCGGGGUGUGGACGUGGACAACCCAUACCUAAACAUCAUCACCGCCCUGACGGUGCCUGACAUCGAUGAUGUCACAGCAGUGGAUUACGACGCAGCAGACGAGCGGAUCUACUGGGCUGAUGUGAAGACGCAGACGAUAAAGCGUGCCUUCAUUAACGGCACUGGUUUGGAGACAGUUGUGUCAGGAGAUAUAGUAAACGUUCGCGGGCUGGCUUUAGACUGGCUGUCGAGGAACAUGUACUGGAUGAGCUCAGAGAACGACGAAUCGCAGAUUAAUGUGGCCCGCUUCGACGGCUCGCUAAAAACCUCCAUUAUCCACGGGAUCGACAGGCCAAAGUGUCUAGUCGUUCACCCGUCAAAGGGGAAAAUCUACUGGACUGAUGGCAACACAGUAAACCUGGCAAACAUGGAUGGCAGCAAUAGCAAAAUCCUUCACCAAAACCAGAGGGAGCCUGUUGGCUUGUCGAUCGACUAUGCCGCCAACAAGCUGUAUUGGAUCAGCUCUGGUAACAGCACCAUCAACAGAUGCAACCUGGAUGGCAGCGGCCUGGAGAUCCUGGAGCCAGUGAAGAAGCAGCUGGUGAAAGGCACCGCCCUUGCCAUCAUGGGUGGGAAGCUAUGGUGGGCUGAUGACAGUCUGGCACAGCUAGGCAUCGUCACCAAGAGGGACGCCCGGAACAUGCUGGUGCUACGGAACAAGACCAAUGGCGUGCUGCACAUGAAGGUCUACGACAGGGAGGGCCAGAAAGGGAGGAACCCCUGCCAGCUCAGCAAUGGCGGCUGUUCCCAGCUCUGCUUUCCCGUCUCGGAAACCAGCCGCACCUGCUCCUGCACGGUGGGCUACAGCCUGCGAAGUGACCGCCACUCCUGCGAAGGUAUUGGAGCCUUCCUAAUGUAUUCCAUCCACGAGGGGAUCCGAGGAAUCUCGCUCGACCCCAGCGACAGCAGCGAGGCCCUGAUGCCGGUCACUGGCACUCUGUUCGCUGUCGGCCUGGACUUUCACGCAGGAAACGACACUAUCUACUGGACAGACAUGGGCUUAAACCGCAUCUCCCGAGCAAAGAGAGACCAGACCUGGAAAGAAGACAUCAUCACAAACGGCCUCGGCAGGGUGGAAGGCAUUGCGGUGGACUGGAUUGCCGGGAACAUUUACUGGACGGACCAUGGCUUCAACCUCAUUGAGACUGCCCGCCUCACCGGGUGGUACCGCUCCGUGGUUAUCUCUCAGGAGCUCGAUCAGCCGAGAGCCAUCGCCGUGCACCCGGUCCGAGGGUACAUGUUCUGGACGGAGUGGGGCCAGACACCAGGGAUCAGCAGGGCGCGACUGGACGGCUCCCAGCGGGUGGCGCUGAUCAGCUCUAACAUUGCCUGGCCCAACGGCAUCUCCAUCGACUACGAGGAAGACAAGCUGUACUGGUGUGAUGCGCGUACUGACAAGAUAGAGAGGAUCGACCUGGAGAGUGGGGAGGGCCGUGAGAUCGUGCUGUCUGCCAGCGGUGUAGACAUGUUCUCUGUGGCUGUCUUUGGCCCUUACAUCUACUGGUCUGACAGAGCUCAUGCUAACGGCUCCAUCCGGAGGGGCUUCAAGAGCGACGCGGCAGAGGCCCAGACCUUGAGGAGCGGCCUGGGCGUCAACCUGAAGGAUGUGAAGGUCUUCAGCCGAGGCCGGGAGAAAGGCACUAACCCCUGUGCCCGUAACAACGGCGACUGCCAGCAGCUGUGUUUCUACCUGGGGGGCGGGCGGAGGACCUGCUCCUGUGCCCACGGAUACCUUGCCGAGGACGGCACAUCCUGCCAGAGGUACGACGGCUACCUGCUCUACUCGGAGCGCACCAUCCUGAAGAGCAUCCACCUGUCGGAUGAGAGCGACCUCAACUCGCCUGUCAGUCCGUACGAGAACCCAGCCUACUUCAAGAAUGUCAUCGCGCUGGCCGUCGACCAGCGGCAGGCCACUGCCGGAACCAACCGUAUCUUCUUCAGCGACGUCCAUUAUGGGAACAUCCAGGCCAUCAAUGACGACUGGACUGGAAGGAGGAUCCUCGUGGAAAAUGUGGGCUCAGUCGAGGGUCUGGCCUACCACCGAGGAUGGGAUACUUUGUACUGGACCAGCUCCAGCAGCUCAACCAUCACCCGCUACACCAUCGACCAGAGCCGUCGAGGAGCCUUUAACAGGGAAGCGGUGGUCCGGAUGUCAGAGGAGGACCACCCGCACGUUGUUGUCCUUGAUGAGUGUCAGAACCUCAUGUUCUGGACUAAUUGGAACGAGCAGCACCCGAGCAUCAUGAGAUCGACCCUGGCAGGAAAGAGCAUGCAGAUUAUUGUUAGCACGGACAUCAUUACCCCUAAUGGACUCACCAUUGAUCACAAGGCAGAGAAGCUGUACUUUUCUGACGGGAGCCUUGGCAAAAUCGAAAGGUGUGAAUACGAUGGGACGCAAAGAUAUGUCAUUGUGAAGUCAGGGCCGGGAACAUUUUUCGGCCUGGCUAUUUAUGGCGACUUCAUCUUUUGGUCAGAUUGGGUGCGAAGAUCCGUGCUCCGCUCCAAUAAGUAUACAGGUGAUGAAAUGAAAGUGCUUCGAGCUGACAUUCCGCACCAGCCAAUGGGAAUAGUCGCCGUUGCCCCGGAUACCAACAACUGUGAAAUGUCCUUGUGUAGAGUGGAAAACGGUGGAUGCGGUGACCUUUGCCUUUUGACGGCAGACGGCUCAGUAAAUUGCAGCUGCAGGGGAGAGCGCAUUUUACUAGAAGACAACCGAUGCGUGUCCGAGAACUCAUCCUGCAACAUACACACUGAGUUCGAGUGCGGGAAUGGCGAGUGUAUCGACUACCAAUUAACGUGCGAUGGAGUGGCUCACUGCAAAGACAAAUCAGACGAGAAGAUGCAGUACUGCGACUGUCAUACACUUCCCCUGGCAGAUAACAGGAGCUGCAGGAAGGGCUUUCGGUCCUGCUACAACCAGCGAUGCAUCGCCAACAGUCGCUUCUGUGACGGCUUGGACGACUGCGGAGAUAAUUCUGAUGAGGCUUACUGCGGCAACUCGACAUGCUUGUCCUCGGAAAUCCGCUGCCGGGACGGAGCGUGUGUCCCGUAUGCAGCCUGGUGCAACCAGAUGAUCGACUGCCCUGAUGCCUCAGAUGAGAAGAACUGCAAUAGCACGGACUGUGCGGAUUACUACAAGCUUGGGGUAAAAGAAAGAGGAUUCGUCCGCUGCAACUCCACCUCCCUCUGCAUCCACCCGUCCUGGAUUUGCGACGGGGCCAAUGACUGUGGAGACUACGCGGACGAGACAGGCUGCCAGGUUGCCCGGGAACGGCAGUGCGACGACGGCCACUUCGCCUGUCCCAGUGGAAACUGCAUCUCCAGCGUGUGGCUGUGCGACGGGCAGAGGGACUGCGAGGACGGAGCUGAUGAAUUCCAGUGCGAUUCCUCCUGCUCAUGGAAUCAGUUUGCGUGCUCCAAAGACAAGUGCAUCGCCAGGCAGUGGCUCUGCGACGGCGACGACGACUGCGGAAAUGGCCUGGACGAGAGCGUGGACAUCUGCGGUUCUGCCACCUGCGGCCCUGGCUUGUUCAGCUGCCCCGGGUCCUACGCCUGUGUGCCGCAGCGCUGGCUCUGCGACGGAGAGCGAGAUUGCCCGGAUGGCAGUGACGAGCUCUCCCCAGCCAGCUGUGCUCCCAAUAACACAUGUGAUGAGAACACCUUCCUGUGCCGAAACAAGGCCUGCAUUCCCAAACGCUUUGUUUGCGACCAUGACGACGACUGCGGUGAUGGCUCCGACGAGUCCCCUGAAUGCGCUUACCGCUCCUGUGGGGAGGAGGAGUUUCGCUGCGCUGACGGGCGGUGCCUCCUCAGCGCCCAGUGGGAGUGUGACGGUCAGCCCGACUGUGUAGAUGGGUCCGACGAGCUGCCCCGGAAUCCCAAGUGCUCUGCGGCAGAGAGCCUCUGCAAUGGCUCGUUCUUCAUGUGCGCCAAUGGCCGCUGCGUCGCCGCUGUGGGCCUCUGCGAUGGGAGGGAUGACUGCGGCGACCGCUCGGACGAGCGCGACUGCCGCGUCAAUGAGUGCCUGAACCGACGCAUCAGCGGCUGCUCCCAGGACUGCCAAGACCUCCCGGUCGGAUACAAGUGUAAAUGUUGGCCAGGAUUCCGCCUGAAGGAUGAUGGGAAAACCUGUGUUGACACUGAUGAAUGCUCGUCCAGCCUGCCCUGUAGCCAGCUCUGUAUCAACAUGUAUGGAUCGUACAAGUGUCUGUGUGCAGACGGCUACGAAGCCCCAGCCAACAGUCCCAAUAGCUGCAAAUCCCUCUCAGCCGAGGAACCCUUUCUGAUACUGGCUGACCAUCACGAGAUCAGGAAAAUAAGUAUCGACGGCUCCAAUUACACCCUCCUGAAGCAGGGCCUCAAUAACAUCAUCGCUCUCGACUUCGACUACAAGAAGGAGUUCAUAUACUGGGUGGAUUCCAGCCGGCCCAACGGGCGCAGGAUAAACAGAAUGAGGCUGAACGGGAGCGACCUUAAGGUGGUCCACCGGUCUGCGGUGCCGAGCGCCCUGGCCGUGGACUGGAUCGGGAAGAACCUGUACUGGUGUGACACAGGGAGGCGGACCCUGGAGGUGUCCAAGGCAAAUGGCUUAUACCCCACCGUGCUUCUGAGCUCGGGUCUGAGGAAGCCUCGAGAUCUAGCUCUGGAUGCACAGACGGGGUACAUCUUCUGGGUAGACUGUUGUGAGGACCCUCACAUCGGGCGGAUUGGCAUGGAUGGUAGUGACUAUGCUGUGAUUAUCAACACCGAAGUCAAUAAUCCUGUGGCUUUAACAAUCGACUAUACAAACAAGAGGAUCUACUGGGCUGAUGGGAACCACAUCAUGCUUGCCAACAUGGAUGGUUCACAGAGACACAAAAUACUGAACCCAGACGCUCACAGCGUGAUGAGUCUUACAUUGUUUGAGGACUACGUCUACUGGACUGACGGGAAGACCAAGUCCCUCAAUCGCGGCCACAAAUCCUCGGGGGGCCCGAGUGUGGAGCUGCUCAGUUCCUGGCAUGUCUUAACAGGCGUGAAGGUGUACCACCCCCUCCGUCAGCCCGACGUGCCAAAACAUCAAUGUCAGAUGACAAACGGAGGCUGUAGCCACCUGUGCCUCAUCUCUCCCGGGGGUGGCUACAGGUGCGCCUGCCCAACCAACUUCUACCUCGCAGCUGACAACAAGACGUGUCUCUCUAACUGCACGGCUAGCCAGUUUCGCUGUGGGACAGACGAGUGCAUCCCCUUCUGGUGGAAGUGCGAUACUGUGGACGACUGUGGCGAUGGAUCUGAUGAGCCCGCAGACUGCCCGGAGUUCAAGUGCCAACCGGGACGGUUCCAGUGUGGGACAGGCCUGUGCGCCCUCCCCCCAUUCAUCUGCGAUGGCGAGAAUGACUGCGGCGAUAAUUCUGACGAAGCCAACUGUGACUCAUAUGUCUGCCUGUCUGGCCAGUUCAAGUGCACUCAGAAGCAGAAAUGCAUCCCCCUGAACCUGCGCUGCAAUGGGCAGGAUGACUGCGGCGAUGCCGAGGAUGAGACCGACUGCCCGGAGAGCACAUGCUUACCGGACCAGUUUCAGUGCAAAACAACCAUGCACUGCAUCUCCAAGUUAUGGGUCUGCGAUGAGGACCCCGACUGCGCAGACGGCUCUGACGAGGCCAACUGCGAUGAAAAGACUUGUGGACCUCACGAAUUCCGCUGCAAGAACAACAGCUGCAUCCCGGAGCACUGGAGAUGCGACGGCCAGAGCGACUGCGAGGACAGCUCCGAUGAGGAAGCCUGCAGGCCAGUGACAUGCACCUUGAAGGAAUUCGCUUGUGCCAGUGGGGAAUGCAUCUCGGCGCGAUACCGCUGCGACGGAGAUGACGACUGCGCCGACAAGUCGGAUGAGAAGGACUGCGAGAUGCGUUGCUCCGAGGACCAGUUCCAGUGUCUGAACAGCCUGUGCAUCCCCCGCAAGUGGGUGUGUGAUGGGCAGGAGGACUGCAAGAUGGGGGAGGACGAGAACAGCUGCCAGAGCACAGUGGCGACUCCGUCCUGUUCACUGGAUGAGUAUGACUGCGUCAUUGGGGGCUGUGUCUCUGCCCAUCUGAGAUGUGACGGCCACGACGACUGCCCAGACGCCUCUGACGAGGUGGACUGCACCCGAGAAUGCAAGGAGGACCAGUUCCUGUGCAAGAACCGGGCCCACUGCAUCCCGCGCCGGUGGCUGUGCGAUGACGUGCACGACUGCAUGGACCACAGCGACGAGGCAGACUGCCACCACGGAGGUUAUUCUUGCCGAGCUGACGAGUUCAUUUGCAACAACACGCUGUGCAAAUUGCACGUGUGGGUGUGCGACGGCCAGGAUGACUGUGGGGACAACUCGGACGAGGAUCCUGACAUGUGUGCAAAGCUACCAUGUCCGCCGACGCGACCGCACCGCUGCCGGAACGACAGAGUGUGCCUCCACCCCGAGCAGGUCUGCAACGGCGUUGAUGACUGCGGGGACAACUCGGAUGAAGACGACUGCGUAGGUGUCACAGCAGGGCGACCUCGACCAUGCGGGAAGGCGGAGUUCACCUGCAGUAACGGACGCUGUGUUGCUGUUGAGCUGCAGUGCGACCUGUUUGAUGACUGCGGAGACGGAGGCUCCGACGAACGUAACUGCAAGGCCUCUCCUGAGGAAGGCCUCUGCACAGGGAAAGUCAGUCUGUGCGGUAGUGAUGCACUCUGCAAUCAAACAGAAACUGAUGCAGUGUGUCAGUGCAGACCAGGCUUCCAGAGGAAUCCGCGGAAUCGGCAGUGUGAAGAAGUCAAUGAGUGUCUUCACUUCGGAACAUGCUCUCAUUACUGCACAAACACGAAAGGAUCUUUCAAGUGCACUUGUGACAGGAAUUUUAAAGAAAUUAAUGGAGUCUGUAUGGUGAAAGGACCAGAAGAUCAAGUGCUCUACAUAGCUAAUGACACUGAAAUCCGAGGUUUUGUGUAUCCGUUUAACCAGAGCCAUGGACACAAACAGCUAGCACGCACAGAGGACAAUGCCAGAAUCAUUGGAAUGGCGGCUCUCUUUCAUGGAAACAAGUUUAUCUGGGCUACCCAGUUUAAUCCUGGUGGAAUUUUUUACAGAGACAUCCUAAACAGAAGUCAGUCUAAAUCAAAUAGUGGAAUUAUAUGUCCAGAUUUCCGGAGGCCGAGGGAUAUCUCGGCUGACUGGGUAACAGGGAAUGUCUACUGGACAGAUCACUCCAGGAUGCACUGGUUCAGUUAUUACACAGCCCAUUGGACAAGGCUGAGGUACUCCAUCAAUGUAGGCCAGCUUGGGGCAUCAAAGUGUACCCGUCUAAUAACGGACAUCGCAGGAGAACCUUAUUCAAUUGCUGUCAACCCAACUCGAGGGAUGAUGUACUGGACAGUGAUCGGCGACCAUUCUCACAUUGAGGAGGCAGCCAUGGACGGCUCAAUGCGCCGGGUCCUUUUGGAGAAGAACCUUCGCAGGCCAACAGGCCUGGCCGUUGAUUAUUUUAACCAGCGGUUGUACUGGGCUGAUGCGGAGCUCUCAGCGAUUGGGAGCAUCUGCUUUGACGGGUCCGAUUCCCGGGUGGCCAUCGGCAGCAAGAACGGAAUCUAUCACCCUUAUAAAAUUGAUAUAUUUGAAGAUUACAUCUAUGGAACUAGCCUGAAAAACAAAGUUUUCAGGGUUCACAAAUUUGGCAAAGGACUUGCUGAAGACCUUGAUCUAAGAGUAGAAAAAGCCUCCAGCGUCAUCAUAUUCCAUCGAUUCAAGCAGCAAGAUGUGAUGAACCCGUGCACGGCGAUGAGCUGUGACUUCCUGUGCCUGCUCAACCCGACCGGCGCCAGCUGCUCCUGCCCAGAGGGGAAAGCGCUGAUUAACGGAUCCUGCACUGACAGGGCUGCUUCAGGAGAUCUCUGCCGGCCGGCGUGCGAGAACGGAGGGCGCUGUGUCCCCAAUGAGAGGGGGGGGUCCCGCUGUUACUGCUGGCCCAACUUCUCCGGGGGACGCUGUGAAGUGAGCCACUGCAAGGACUACUGCCUGAAUGGGGGAACGUGCUCCAGCUCUCCGCUGGGCAAGCCCACCUGCCGCUGUGCCCUGGGAUUCACGGGACCAUACUGCGAGAGGCGAGUCUGUGAAAACUAUUGUCUCAACGGUGGCACCUGCGACGUGAGCCAGGGCAACCAGCCCGUGUGCCGAUGCCUGGCUGAGUACACCGGCGACCGCUGUGUGCACCACAUCUGCCACCACUACUGCGUGAACUCCAAGGCAUGCACGCUGUCCAGCAAUGGCCAUGUCGAGUGUGUCUGCCCGACGCGCUAUGAAGGCAACAGGUGUGAGCUUGACAAGUGUCUACGUUGCCAUGGCGCCCCCUGCGUUGUUGACCAUGAUGCCGGCGAUGUGGCCUGCAACUGCACUCACGGCCGAAUAGCGUCAAGCUGCCAGCUGUGUGAUGGUUACUGCUACAACGGCGGUACCUGUCACCUGGACUCGGAGACCCACCUGCCGUUCUGUCACUGCACAGCCGGGUUCAAAAGCCAGCGCUGCGAUGAGCGGGCGAACCCGUGCGAUCACUACUGUCAGAACGAGGGGAUUUGCACGCUAAACGCCUUUAAAAAGCCUCGCUGCAAGUGUUCCGCCAACUGGUCAGGCACCCAGUGCGAGAGGCCCGCCCCCAAGAGCAGCCGAUCUGACGACUCUAGCGGGAGAAGUAUUGCAAUCAUUGUCCCCCUUGUGCUGCUGGUCCUGUUAAUCACUACGGUGGUGGCUGGUGUUUUCAUCUGUAAAAGAAUGCAGAGGGGCAAGAGAGUUCAGCGGCAGCCGAUGUCUAAUGGGGGCAUGAAUGUGGAGAUCGGCAACCCAUCUUACAACAUGUACGAGGUCGACCACGACAACCACUCAGAUGCCGGGAGCAUCCUGCAUCCCAACUUCACGCUGGACCCUCACAAGGGCUGGUGUGUAAAAUCCAGCGAUUCCCGCAGCCUUCCCAUUCACACUGUCCCGAAGGAGCUCAUUCCCGGACAGUCCAUAAACUACUCAAACCCCAUAUACGCUAAGAUAUACCUUGAUGGACAAAAUUGCCGGAAACCGGUUAUCAGCAUCGACGAGCGGCGAGAGCUUCUCCCAAAGAGACUGGAGGGGACGAUUCGGGAGACGGCCGCGUAGACCUGCUUUUACACUCCUCUUUUGUACGCCCUGUAUAAAUGUACAAAACAAAGGCGGAAAUUGAAGAUUUUCUAAGUCCUACCAGGAGGAUCCCUUUUUCCUUUUCUUUUGCCAACAGCGUUGCCAUUUGUUUUUGUUAGCGUGCUGACACUUAUGGACUUCUCCAUUUUUACCUGUUUUUUUUCCACAAAGAAUAUAAAUACUGCACUAUAUAUAUCAUAAAAACUGCUGCUGAUUUACCUUAUAUACAAGAGAUCAGUUAAACUGUCAUUAUUUAGAAAGGUGUAAAAUUAUUUUAUAAUUUCCUUUUGCGUCUCUUUUUCAUCAAAAUGGAUAUACAAUUUUUUUUCCCUUUUUGUAGCCAAGGUUAAAUUCGUCUGGUUCACUUCUUAAAGGCAAAUAUCGUAUGUGUAACCCGUGUGUAUUAACGAUAAAGGUCACUCUCUUUUUCAUCUGUGUGCGAGCUUAUGUGGACAUUUUGGAUCACCAGCAGAGGUUAAACGUAUCUUAAUAUCUGACGGUAAUGAAAGAAGUCAUUACAAAUUAAUCCUGUUAACACAAUUUUUUAUUUUACAGAUUUACUUUCCAAGUAUACUCUAUACAUUCAGCCUUUAGUAUGGCUGUCAAAUUCUCACUUGUUCUUCAUUCUCCUCCUUGUGAACCUGUUAAUUGCAUAUUUGUUUAUUAGUAUUUUUUUAAGAACAGCAAUUAUUUUGAAAGUGCAUUUAUUUUAUAUUCCUUUUUAUUUGCGGACAGCACCAGGCUUCUUGCACAACAUGACAUAUGUUCUGUUAUAAUCAUGGGCAAAACUAAAGAUUCACACAUUUUCUGCAGAGGCUGCACAUCAACGGAUCAAACUUCAUUUAAGCAGAACCCCUAUCAGCUGUCUCUACCUUCACGAAUGCAUAUAGAUUUAACAGGUUUUAUAAUUUUAUAUUUGAUUAAAUGUCAACUUUGGCUGCUUGUAUUUUGAAAAAACAAUGUAAUAAAUGUAAGUAAUUUUAUACAAAAUGUACACCAAUAUUAAAUAAAAAGGUUUUAUUGCUGUUGACACUA